AUGUUCCUGCAGGUUCCUCAAAGGGCAGAGCCCCAGCAGCAGGAGGCUGAAGGAGUGCAGGGUGGGGGCCCAGGCUCCUGGGGCUCCUGGGGGCCUUGGUCCUCCUGCUCCCGCUCCUGUGGGGGAGGGGUUCAGGAACAGAACCGACCCUGCCUACCCUCCUACACACCCUCCAUGGGUGCAGCUGCAUACCCCUCCAGGCCAGGUGGCCACCACCCCCAGCACCCCAACCAGAACCUAGGCCAUGUAGUGUCUGCCCUAAGACCCACUGUCCCGCUGCACCGCACCAACUCUGGGAGACCCCCACCCUCCAACAGCAACACCAGCUUGGCCCGCCGAGGCGAGCUGAGGGACCAGCAGAGAGACAGAGAGGCCCAUGCUGGACGCAGCCCGUCAGCCACCAGGCACGGAGGCCACAGGCCAAACCCCUACCGUCCGCUCUACAACAACCCCCAUCUCCACAGCUACAGCCCAGUCUAUCACCAGCCCCCAGCCCCCCAACCCAGGUCUAACCCUAACCCAGCCUCCCCUCCCAGGGCUAACUCUAACCCUAACCCAGCCUCCCGGCCCAGGUCUAACCCUAACUCUAACCCUAACCCAGCCUCCCAGCCCAGGUCUAACCCUAACUCUAACCCUAACCCAGUCCCCCAGCCCAGAUCUAACCCUAACCCAGCCCCCCAGCAUAGGUCUAACCCUAACCCAGCCUCCCAGCCCAGGUCUAAUCCUAACCCAGCCUCCCAGCCCAGGUCUAACCCUAACCCAGCCUCCCAGCCCAGGGCUAACUCUAACCCAGCCCCCCAGCCCAGGGCUAACCCUAACCCAGCCCCCCAGCAUAGGUCUAACCCUAACCCAGCCUCCCAGCCCAGGGCUAACCCUAAUUCUAACCCUAACCGAGCCCCCCAGCAUAGGUCUAACCCUAACCCAGCCCCCCAGCCCAGGGCUAACCCUAACCCAGCCCCCCAGCCCAGGUCUAACCCUAAUUCUAACCCACCCUGGUCCUCCUCACUCUACCAGCCCAGCCAGGGGCACCAACCUAGGCAGGAGCAGCAGCACUCAUCCAGCCAGGCCUCAGCGGCUCAGCAACCCUUUGGACGGCCCUACAACCCCAUGCCCACCUCCCCCUGUGUGGGAGAGCACAACCAGUACAAGAUUUGCAACACCGAUGCCUGUCCUCCAGCCAGUAGACACAUCAGAGCGGUGCAGUGUUCUUCCUACAACAGCUAUCCCUUCAUGGGUCGACUGUACGAGUGGGAGCCUUUCAAUGAAGUUUCAGGCGACCAGCGUUGUGAGCUCAACUGUCGUGCGAUCGGUUUCCGCUUCUACGUGCGUCAGUCGGAUAGGGUCAUCGAUGGGACGCCGUGCGGCCAGAACGAGACUUUCAUCUGUGUGGCGGGGAGGUGUCAGAGUCUUGGCUGUGAUGAGUACCUGGGCUCAGGCAAGGUGAUGGACAAGUGUGGGGUGUGUGGCGGGGACAACACGGCCUGUAAGCUGGUGUCAGGGCUCUUCCAGCAGCACAGCCUGAACAAGGUGGGCUACCACAAGAUAGUGGAGAUCCCAGAGGGAGCCAUCAAGAUCAACGUCACCGAGACGGUGAAGAGCAGGAAUUACCUGGCUCUGAAAAGCCGCUCAGGUCGCUCCAUCAUCAAUGGGAACUGGGCCAUUGACCGGCCAGGGAAGUAUGAGGGGGUGGGCACCAUAUUCACCUACCGACGACCCAAUGAGGUCACCAGCACCGCCGGGGAGUCCUUCCUGGCUGAAGGGCCAACCAAUGAGAUCCUGGAUGUUUAUGUGAUCUACCAGCAGCCCAACCCAGGAGUGAGCUAUGAAUUCAUCCUUCCCUCUGACAACCCUCCACGGCACCCCAACCACAGACCUGGAGGGAACACUCUGCAUGGGCAAAGUGGGAAUGACCACCGGGGCAACCCCAACCAGGAGGGGUACGAUCCAGCAGGAGUGGGCAAAUACCCUCCCCAGGUACCCAACAAGCAGGUGCCAGCGGUCCAUCCACCCAAACGUCAGAGAGAAUACAACUGGAAACUGUCUGGGGCAACAGAGUGUAGCGCCUCCUGUGGCAGAGGUAGCAGGUACACCAUCUUCCGCUGUGUCCACAGACCGAGCCAUGAGCAGGUACCAGAGAACCAGUGUGACAGCAGCACCAGGCCCAGUUCACAGGAGGAGCCCUGCAACCUUCAGUCCUGCCCUGCCUUCUGGGACAUUGGUGAGUGGUCGGAGUGCAGUAAGACAUGUGGCCUGGGUAUGCAGCACCGCCAGGUCUUGUGCAGGCAGGUGUAUGCCAACCGGACCCUCAACGUCCACACCAGCCGCUGCCGCCACCUGGAGCAGCCUGAGACCACCAGCACCUGCCAGCUGAAAAUCUGCAGCGAGUGGCAGAUAAGAACCGAGUGGAGCGCCUGCUCUGUUCCCUGUGGCGUGGGCCAGAGGACCAGGGAGGUGCACUGUGUCAGCAACGUGGGAGACUUUGUGUCGGACGAGGAGUGCAACAUGAAGCUGCGACCCAGUGACAAUGAGAACUGUGACAUGGGGCCCUGUGCUAAAAGUUGGUUCUUCACUGAGUGGGGGAAUAAGUGUUCUGCUGAGUGUGGGAUGGGCAUCCGGACCCGUGGCGUUCUGUGCCUGACCAAUCACAUCAGCAGCUUGCCUCUGGAGGGGUGUGGCCAUGAGCGCCCCACUGACUCUCAGGUCUGUAAUCACGGCCCCUGUGAGAGUCGCAUCGAGUGGUUUACAGCCCCCUGGAGUCAGUGCUCAACAGAGUGUGGCUUGGGCAGCCAGCAGAGGGCAGUGGUGUGUCUGAUGAAGUCUGAUGAGGGGUUCAAUGUAAUGCCGCCCUACGAAUGUUCUUCUCUAGACAAGCCUCUUAAUCAGCAGAGCUGCCACCUCAAGCCCUGCGGGGCCAUGUGGUACCACACAGACUGGAGCGCUUGUUCUAAGACAUGUGAGGGGGGCUUCCGUGUGAGGGAGGUGCGCUGUCUGUCUGAUGGCAUGCUUUCCAGUGAGGGCUGUGAGGAGGAGCUGAAACCAGUGGAGAGAGAGGAGUGCAACCCAGAGCCCUGCGUCCCACACAUAGACGAGAACUGUCGAGACAAGUAUUUCAACUGCAAUGUGGUGGUCCAGGCACGUCUCUGUGUGUAUGACUACUACAAGACAACCUGCUGUGCCUCCUGCACACGAGUGGCCCACAGACAGUCACAACACAGGGCACUCAGCUAGCCCCCUCCCCAGGCCUCAGACCUCUAGUGGGCCUGACACAGCACCCAGAGCAGGCCCUCAGUCCCUGGGCCAAACACACUGACCCACAGUGGAGAGGACAGCCUAGAACCUGACUCUGGGUGGACACUGACUGGACACUA